GUUUUCGUAUAACCUUUAAGAGUUGAAGCCGCGUACAAAAAGGCAUAUAUUUUAUACUGUAGCUAAUUAAGUCUUAAUUAGUUCCGUUUUACAUUAAUUUUGUAAUAGUUUACACCAAUUUUAGUGAAUAGUGAAAACUAUGAGAAAUUGGUUUUCUACGCUCUAUCCAUUUAGAAAGAAGAUCAAUGAAAAAUAUACGAUUUUCCAUGACCAAGUGGUCGGGCGUGGAUCCUUUGGGGUUGUAUGUGCAUGCAUAGAUAUGUCUUCUGGUGAGAAAUUGGCUUGCAAGAUUAUAUCUAAAAUAGGGUUGAGUGACGAAUAUGUUGAACGUGUGAGGAGAGAGAUUGCGAUCUUGAGGCAUUUAAAGAAUCAUUCAAACAUUCUCUGUAUAAAAGACAGUUGGGAAGAUGACGAUGCACUGCACAUUGUAACGGAGUUGUUGAAGGGGAAGACAUUAUUUGACUAUAUUGUAGAUAUGGUACCGCUAACGGAGAAAGAGGCUUCAACAAUUAUUAUGGCUCUUGUGGAAAUCAUUCAGGUGUUGCACAACAACGGGGUGAUACAUCGUGAUAUCAAACUUGAAAAUUUUAUGUUUGGUGGAAUCACUAAUAACAUUGCUACAUUAAAGGUCAUUGAUUUUGGGAUAUCUGUUUUCUACAAACCAGGUGAUACCUGUAAACUUAGUUCCUGCAGUCGAUACUAUGUGGCUCCGGAAGUUUUAAAAGACAAUGAUCAGGAUCCAAAGGUUGACAUUUGGGCCGCUGGGGUCAUACUCCACAUUCUUUUAUGUGGUAUACCUCCUUUCAUACAAGGUGAUCUAGAUGAAUUGCGUGAAGCAAUUAUUCGUGCUGAAGUUUGUUACGAGCGCCCUCCUUGGCCAGACGUUUCUAAUGAAGCUAAAGAUCUGGUAAAGAAGAUGCUUAAUCCAAAUCCAAGUGAACGACUUACCGCUGAUCAAGUUCUUAGUCAUCCAUGGCUACAAAGAGGAGGGCGUCGCUCAUUGUAUGAUCAAUCGAACAUGAAGGGAUUUUAUGCACAAGUUAAAAAAUGGUUAAGGUGGUGUUUGGAUCUACUUCUGGAAAUUGCUUCUACUCUUUCAGGGACCAGAAGCAAAUAUUGGAGUGUUUGAGUGAAAAUACAAAAGUUGUUUCUUAAUGCUCCGAAUUGCUCUUAGACACAGUUUUUUAGAAGUUGAAGAAGGUCAACUUCUAUAAAACGAAUUCUAAUUCUGAUUCUGUUUAAAAAAAAAAAAAGCAGAAUCAAUUUCAACCACUCCUAAGUAGAUAAAAUCAUGUUUGCGAUUGUGACAGUCAAGCAACCAAACGAGACUUAAAUGUACUCUGUAAUACUUAAUUUAAAAUAAAUACCA